AUGCCUAACAAAAUCCCUCCUCUUCUUGCUGGUGUCAAAGAGUACUGUGUCAAGAACGCACACAGCGGAAGAGAGCAAGAGAGAAAGAGCCAGCGACUGGACCUGCCCUCGUCCAAGCUGCUGGAAAAGACCGGAGUGGGCAGGCAUCCUAGCAAAGAGGCGGAGCUGGCAAAGGGAACCCGGAGCCAAACCUGGGGUAAAAGGUGA